AUGACAAACGCGAAGCGUGCAGCCAUGGCGCUGUCACAGAGGGAGGCGGAUAUUCAGAUGAUGCUCGCGGCGAAGGUGCACCUGGGCACCAAGAACUGCAACUACCAGAUGGAGCGCUACGUCUGGAAGCGCGGCGCGGACGGUGUGUUCAUCAUCAACCUCGCCAAGACGUGGGACAAGCUGCAGAUGGCGGCGCGCGUGAUCGUCGCGAUCGAGAACCCGCAGGACAUCUGCGUGCAGUCGGCGCGGCCGUACGGGCAGCGCGCCGUGCUCAAGUUCGCGCAGUACACGGGCGCCAACGCCAUCGCGGGCCGCCACACCCCCGGAACCUUCACCAAUCAGCUGCAGAACAACUUCAGCGAGCCGCGCCUGCUCGUCCUCACCGACCCGCGCGUUGACCACCAGCCCGCGGCGGAGGCGGCGCUGAGCAACAUCCCCACUAUUGCGUUCUGCGAUACGGACAGCCCGAUGCGGUACGUGGACCUGGGCAUCCCCGCCAACAACCGCGCCAAGCACUCCAUCGGCUGCCUCUACUGGCUGCUCGCGCGCAUGGUGCUGCAGAUGCGCGGCUCCAUCCUCCCCAGCCAGCCCUGGGACGUCAUGGUGGACCUGUUCUUCUACCGCGACCCUGAGGAGACCAAGGAGGAGCAGCCUGAGGAGGGUGUUGCGGCGGAGUUCGCAGCGGUGGAGUUCGGUGCUGUGCCCCAGAUCGCGGAGGGGCAAUGGGAUGCUGCCGCUCCCACUGUCAAGCCUGCUGGACACGCACACAAUGAUCCAUUCGAAGCCAAUGAUGCUGUCUCUCUCACUGCAACCCAUCCAUCCACUCCCUCCCACUUCCCCCUGCUAUCUGUCCCACUUCCCCCUGCUAUCUGUUCCACUUCCCCCUGCUAUCUGUCCCACUUCCCCCUGCUAUCUGUUCCACUUCCCCCUGCUAUCUGUCCCACUUCCCCCUGCUAUCUGUCCCACUUCCCCCUGCUAUCUGUUCCACUUCCCCCUGCUAUCUGUCCCACUUCCCCCUGCUAUCUGUUCCACUUCCCCCUGCUAUCUGUCCCACUUCCCCCUGCUAUCUGUUCCACUUCCCCCUGCUAUCUGUCCCACUUCCCCCUGCUAUCUGUCCCACUUCCCCCUGCUAUCUGUUCCACUUCCCCCUGCUAUCUGUCCCACUUCCCCCUGCUAUCUGUUCCACUUCCCCCUGCUAUCUGUCCCACUUCCCCCUGCUAUCUGUUCCACUUCCCCCUGCUAUCUGUCCCACUUCCCCCUGCUAUCUGUCCCACUUCCCCCUGCUAUCUGUUCCACUUCCCCCUGCUAUCUGUUCCACUUCCCCCUGCUAUCUGUCCCACUUCCCCCUGCUAUCUGUUCCACUUCCCCCUGCUAUCUGUUCCACUUCCCCCUGCUAUCUGUUCCACUUCCCCCUGCUAUCUGUUCCACUUCCCCCUGCUAUCUGUUCCACUUCCCCCUGCUAUCUGUUCCACUUCCCCCUGCUAUCUGUUCCACUUCCCCCUGCUAUCUGUUCCACUUCCCCCUGCUAUCUGUUCCACUUCCCCCUGCUAUCUGUUCCACUUCCCCCUGCUAUCUGUUCCACUUCCCCCUGCUAUCUGUUCCACUUCCCCCUGCUAUCUGUUCCACUUCCCCCUGCUAUCUGUUCCACUUCCCCCUGCUAUCUGUUCCACUUCCCCCUGCUAUCUGUUCCACUUCCCCCUGCUAUCUGUUCCACUUCCCCCUGCUAUCUGUUCCACUUCCCCCUGCUAUCUGUUCCACUUCCCCCUGCUAUCUGUUCCACUUCCCCCUGCUAUCUGUUCCACUUCCCCCUGCUAUCUGUUCCACUUCCCCCUGCUAUCUGUUCCACUUCCCCCUGCUAUCUGUUCCACUUCCCCCUGCUAUCUGUUCCACUUCCCCCUGCUAUCUGUUCCACUUCCCCCUGCUAUCUCUCCCAACACUGCAGGUGCUGUGCCGGCUGUUGCUGGUGGCUGGGAUGCUGCUGCUCCCCCUGCUGCGGGCGCUCCUGCUGCCGUGUCAUCAGGCUGGGAUGCCGCUGCUGCCCCCGUGCCUGGUGUGCCCGGGGCUGGCUGGGACGCUGCUGCCCCCGGUGGCUGGGAGGCUGCCCCUCCCCAGUAA